AUGUCCCUCCCCGACAGUGUGACGUCACCAGUCGCUCCAUUUCGCAUCGCCUCCCGGUUGAAAAUCCUGGCCGCAGACUGCACAGACCCCGGCGUCAGUGCCUCACGACCCCGCCCCGACCCGGCAAGAGGGCCGUCGCUGGAUGCCCGCGCACACACUCUGAUGAUGCUCCCGAGCCCCGUCACUUCCACGCCGUUUUCUGUCAAGGACAUUCUGAAGAUGGAGCAACAGUUCGCGCUGCACCCGCACGCUCAGCACGCCUGGGUGGAUUCCAGCCUUUCCCCGGAGCUGUAUAGCGCCCGUGCUUGGGCACCACGCGGAGGAGCCAAACUCGAGGCGGACGGGCGCGAGCAGGCCAAAAGCUGCAUGGCGCUGGCGAAGGCGCACGAGAGCGAGACCGAGGAGGCAGACGGGAGGCCGCAGCGGCAGCGGAGCCGGCGGAAACCGCGUGUCCUCUUUUCCCAGGCCCAGGUGUUUGAGCUCGAGAGGCGCUUCAAACAGCAGCGCUACCUCUCCGCCCCGGAGCGCGAGCACCUGGCCAGCACGCUGAAACUCACGUCCACGCAGGUGAAGAUCUGGUUCCAGAAUCGCCGAUACAAGUGCAAAAGGCAGCGCCAGGACAAGACACUCGAGAUGGCAGGACACCAUCACGCCGGCCCACCUCGGCGCGUGGCAGUGCCCGUUUUGGUUCGGGAUGGUAAGCCGUGCCUCGCGGGAUCACAGAACUACAACGCCACAUACGCAGUGGGAGCGAACCCAUACGGAUACAGCGGGUACCCGACGUACACUUACAGCAAUCCCGUAUAUACAAACACUUACAGCUGCACGUACUCCAGCCUCCCGGCUCUUCCCGCCAGCAGCUCCGCCAGUGCUCUAAUGGGCCUCCCGAACCUUGGGGCAGCCACUCAGCCUCCCGCCCCGCAGGGGCCUCCAGUCCCGCAGUGCCAGGGGACCCUGCAAGGCAUCCGGGCCUGGUAGCGGAGCACGAUGUGGACAGGAACACGAGCCAGCAAAGACGCGAGACGAGCACAGCGCGAGACAGGAGCUGAAGAUGCGCUUAACUGAUAUAUUAAAGCCCCAUCUCAGGCUCGCGCUGAGCCAACAGCACUUGUGAAAAUAUAAACAUACUAUAUCCGUGUCAUUUUUACAUGAAGACUCUUACUUAUAAAUAUCACACCUGAAUGUCACUUAAUAAAUGCGACCAUUGCUUAAAUCAUUGGAUAUCACGAUCUCCGGCUGCAGAUAAUUUUGGGGAAAUGCGGCUCGGCUGUCCUGGAGAAUUCGCAUUGAUGUUGUGUUCUGCAACUGAUACGGUCAGCCGAUUGUUUUGAAAUAUAAACACAUUUCCCUCAACACUGAAUUCAGUUUAUGCAUACAAUUAUUUCAAUAAAGGAAAUCGAAUUGG